UAUUAAUAGAGGAGUGUUUUAGUUCUUUAGUGCUUUAUAGUGUGUGUCGUCUUUCUUUAUCGGGAUCGAUUGUUAACACUGCAAAAAAUAGAUUUUUUUAAAUUUUCGUCAAGGAAUACGAAAUAAAAAAAAAUUAAAUAAAUUUUUUAAAAAGUGUUAAAAAAAUAGAAAUUUAAAAAAAAUAAAUAAAAGUGCAUUAACUCUUUUUUUGAUUUCGACAAAAUUUCAAUCUCGCGCCGGAAACGACACACAACGAACAAUUUUUUCAGCUUUUGUAGAAGAAAAAAUAACGAAAAAAUAACAAAAUGGCAGCCACACCCCAACGACGCCUCGUACAUAAGCAAUUCAACUCGCCGCUCGGGCUCUACUCGCAAACCAAUGUCCAACAUGUGCUCGAUCAGCACAUCAAGGAGCUCGACAAUGGCACAAUCGGAAUCGACUUCAAAAAUGACAUCACAACUGCAGUCCCUUCAAACCUUCAAAAAUCCGCAGUUUUGCGUGCUUUAGAAGAAGAGGAACGCCAAACCGGCACACGUCAGACUUCUGAGCAUCAAAGUCGUUCCCGAACUCGUCGAGAUGUCGAUCGGGAAACUGUUCUCCGGAUCAAUCGUCAUCCAGUUCGACAUCGUUCAGCAGAAUGUGUUUGGCCUCCGCGUCGUCUUUCGUCGUCUCCUGUUCCAAAACCGUUGCCUCCAAAACGCCCGCCCGCCCAAACGAGAAAACUCGGCGAAGGAAUGUCUCACAGCCAUCAAAAUAUCAGCGAAAUUCGAGACAUUUUCGAAAACCAAUCAAACCGUUCCGAGUCAAAUACAUUAACGCGUCUCCUUCGUGGCAUCAGCGAGAAACGCGAUACGUCGUCGGGGAAGGGGGAAGAGCGCAAUAUCAUUAUCAACGAUGCCAGAAUCGACUCAGAGCAACGGAAAAACAAGAAGAACCUAAAUACUCACGACAAUAAUCGUAAAGAAGAACAUUGCGAAGUCGAGGAGGAAAUUUUGUGCAAAAACAUACAUUUAUGGCCGCCAAUUUCCUCCCUUCAAUCAUCCAAUUUGAAUAAAGCGAGGCGACACGACGCACCAAAGGAUGGCAACGACAACGUUGAGCAAAUAAUAAAAAGACAUUUUCCGAUUAUUGAUAAAAAUUACGAUGAAAUUGGGGGCAAAUAUGAGAAAAAUAUCAAUUUUCAUGAUUGGCAUGGCAAGCCAUCGUCGGAUAUCAACGACGUCGUUGACGAAACUGCCAAAGAUCAUCAAAAAAUUCCUCCUCCGCCUCCUCGUUCAAGCUCAAAAAACGUCGACUUAUCACGUUUCUACCUUCAUGACAUGCAAACAACCUCAGCUCCGGGCGGUUGUCGCUCAUCCAAUGCCUCGCCAACUGUCUCCGAAUUCACUCGCAUCUACGACAACAUUGUCGAGCCAACCGCUUAUCUCAACAUCAGCGAUCUCGAGUCAAUUUUCAGCACAAAUACCGCCUAUUCGGAAUCCACGCAACAAACAACUGUCGAAACUGUGACAGAAAUUUCGAACAAAAUUUCCACAAAAAACCUGCCGCCUCCUCCGAAACUCCCGUCGCUGAACGAAAUAAUUACGAGUUGCACCGCAAGAACGGCGCGCAACUACAAACGACGCGAAAACAAUCAAAAUAACGUUACAAUUGUGCAAUCAACCGCAGAUUUCACAAACAACGAUAAUAAUCAAGCGACGGCGGCGGUAUCUCACGUGAUCCCCGUGGAUUUGGACGAAUCAAAAAACACCAUCGCAACCAAUAAUCAGAGUAACAACAACAACAGUAAUUUCGACGAAAACACCAAAGGGCGUGUUGUUGUUGCUGCAUCUCAUCAGCAUACAGAUGAAGUUGUUGAUGCGCCGCACGCCGAACUGACCGUCGAUGCUAAUGAAUGCAAUCAAAAAUAUUUAUUUGAAACGAGUAGCGGCAGCGAGGAGCGCUGUUACAAUAAUUAUAAUAAUCGUAAAUUCGGGUUAGAUUGCCAAAAUAUGACAAAUUGCGGUAAUGAGAAUUAUAAUGAUGACAAGGAGACAACAGCUGCUGCUGCCGUUAUUGAGGCAGAGAGCGCGGAAAUUAUUCACGAGUGCGAAAGGGAACGACGGGAAGUGUUUCAAUUGGCGGAAAGAAUUAAAGGCAAAUGCUACACGGAUGGCGAGUACAUUGUCAUUCCGUAUGACAUCUUUGUGCGGGAGUUUGGACCUAUUUGUGCCAGCUCAUCCGACAAUAACGCACAAACAACUAAUUUUGUCGGAGCUGCCAAUGAGACUGAGCAACAACAAAGACACGUUACGUUCGAAUCUUGUGCCAUGGAAGCGCGCAAAGAGAAAACGGACAACUUAAUUAAUUUUAACGAUGAUGAUAAUGACUAUCAUAACAAUUGUCGUUCGGAUUGUGUUGUUACGUCGAAUUCGGAGACGAUAACGCAGCUAAAGGAGAAUACGAGUAACGACAACUACGCCGAAUCCAUCGACAACACAAUCAAAGAAAUCUUCAACGAAUUAAAUGCUAAUUUGCAACGUGCCCGAACGCCAACGAUCCAACCGAUAAUUUCUCAUAGUAUUAACGUGACAGACACGUGCGAUUCCUCAUCCGAGACAACGACAACGUUCAACAUUCCAUUAAUCGAUGACAUAAUUGAGGAUUUAGUAUUAUUUUCGCAGCAAUUUUUGCUGCCAGAACCCCAUUCUGGCGGCACAAUUGAAACAUCUUCAAACGUGGCUCAUAAAACGCGUAAUUUGAGUGAAAUUGAUCGACAUUGCCGUAAUGAGACAACGACAUCGACUGUUAUGGAAGAAGAAAAUGAUACGACGACGACAAUCGAUUGCGGCAUUGAAAAGGACACCAUGAUGAAUGACGAAGAGUAUGAAAAAUUGUUUUACAUCAAUAAUGCCGGAUUAGCUGUCGUAUUGCCGCCAUUUGUCCAUGCUCCGAUGCCAUCGAAAAAAGCCAACAACAAAGAUAAAAUGAAACAAGAAUAAUUCCAUUCGUGUCUCUUAGCAGCCAACAGUUCACUCAAACAAUAAAAUAAUAGACAACACUGAUAUCACAGACAAGCGAAACGUGUUAAAAAACUUUUUAUUUUUUUUUUUUUCGAACUACAUUUCUAAUGUCAGGCAGUUAGUCAACGAGGUUUUCAGCAGCAGAGAACAUCAGAAAAAUAUCAAAUUUCCAAAAUAGUUAAAAGUUUUGUGUGUACCUUUUAUAAUUUUUUCCCCCAGUUUUUUGUUUGUAGCAGGAUGAGCAUUAUAAGGAUAGACAGUUAGAUAGAAAAUUGUUCAGGUGUUGAGAAAAAGAGAACAGGAAAGGAAUGCGGAGAGACAAUGUCAUUUGAUGCGCAUAAUGAGAAGGAAUUUUUCUUGGAUCUUGAGAGAAAAUUUGAACUAAUAGAAGUCAAUUAAGGAUGAUACAAAAUAGAAAAUGUUUAAGAUAAAACUGGGCUAAAGUGUCUCUCAUACUUUUUUGUAUCAAUGCAAAAAGUUUCUCUAAAGAAUUCGAUUAGAAACUGAGAAAAGCCGCUAAAUAAACGCCCUCUAUUGGAGAGAUCGUAAACUAUGAAGAUCUAUUAAAAAAUUCUAAUAGAUCUUUAAAGUUUAAGAUCUCUGAUGAGAUUUAUCGAAAAUGGCGGGAAAAUUUGU